AUGGCUUACAGUUGGGACAACAGGGUGAAUUUCGUCGUGCGUUAUUUAUACGAUCUAGACGGAAACGGCUACCUCGACGAGAAGGACUUCGCCUGCUUAGCCUUGCGGGCCACCAUAAUAGAAGGAAAAGGCGAAUUCAGCUACAGCAAGCUGCAGGAGAACCAGCACAUCAUGCUCAGCCUGUGGGAGGAAAUGGCCGAACUGGCCGAUUUCGAUAAGGACCUGUUGCAGGAGGGCAGGAUAACGGUCGAGGAGUUCAAGCAAGCGGUGCAACAGUGUUGCAUGGGCAAACGGUACGGGGACUUCCCGCAGGCGAUGAAGAUGUUCAUCGAUUCGAAUUUCAAAAUGGUAGAUUUGAACGAUGACGGUGUCAUCGAUGCCGAUGAAUACAGGUUUAGUUGCAUCACGAAAUUCCCAUUGGACGAUGUCGAAGUCGUCGAUGAAGCCUUUAAUAACAUGCUUAAUGACGAUGAUAGACGCAGGGGCGGACUGACAUUAUCCAGAUACCAGGAAUUAUACGCGGAAUUCCUGGGGAACCCCGACGAGACUUCUGCUGCUUAUUUAUUCGGCCCGCUGGCGGAGUUUUUCUAUUAUCCGGACGAUUUAGGUAGUAUUUAG